UGAUACAUGUGCUGGGAGCUGUCGAGCACCUCCCCCUCCUUGCAACACAAUCCACAGCUGCCGCUGCUGCUGUUGCUCCAUGGUCUUGGCAUUGCCUCUGUGGGUCUAGUUCCUGAGCUUCAGCUAUGGCAUCUGCCGCUGCACCCACCUCCAUGGCAGCACGAUUCGCCUCCAUGUCGGUCUCCUCAACCACCACCCCCACCUCUGCUGUCAAGCUCUCGUCCUCCUUCACCGGGAACAGCGCGUCGCUCUUAUCUCUCCGGAGGCGCGUCACCGUGCCCCUUGUUCGCCCUCGCAACUUGCAAGUGCAUGCCAAGGGUGGCUUCAUUCCCGCCGAGCACCGGUGGAUGUACGAAGGCAUUGAGAAGAUGGGCCCUGAUGUCUGGAAUUCGACCUAUUACCCCAAGGCAGACGACCACAAGAAUGUGGAGAAAAAGUGGUAUAUAGUGGACGCGGCUGACAAGCGCCUUGGUCGCUUGGCGUCCACAAUUGCUAUUCAUAUUCGUGGAAAGGAUGUGCCCUCUUUUACUCCUUCCACUGAUAUGGGCGCCUACGUUGUCGUCAUUAAUGCGGGUAAGGUUGCGGUAACCGGGAAGAAGAGGGACCAGAAGCUCUACAGGAGGCAUUCGGGCAGGCCUGGGGGAAUGAAGGAAGAGACUUUUGAUAAUUUGCAGAAAAGAAUACCAGAGCGCAUCGUCGAACAUGCUGUGCGAGGAAUGCUACCCAAGGGUCGGCUUGGGAGAAGACUAUUCACUCAUCUUAAGGUGUACAACGGCUCUGACCAUCCUCAUGUUGCCCAGCAGCCAGCACCUUUGCCCAUUACCGACAAGAGGAUCAACAUUGUUCAAUAGAGUAAGAUGAUAUGUUAUCCAUUGUCAAACUUAUGACUUCUAGGUCAGUCGACUGCAUUUCUGCUAUAAAUUUUUUUGAGACAAGCUCAUCAUUAUUGAAUAGGUGGCACAGGUAGUCUUUCACCAGUUAACUUCGAUGUGCACAUGCAAGCAAAUUUGGCUUCAAGCAUUAAGGAUCGUUUCAAACAUCAAUUAUCCUUCUCAGAAUUAUUUUUGUACUUCUUCGUUAUCAGUAAGAAUUUUUAAAAUCUAGUAUUUCA